AUGAAGCAGAGAUAUUCUUCCUUGGAUGUAAAGGUCAUCAGCCGUGAGCUUUCCACUAAUAUACUUGGCUUGAGAAUCGCAAACAUCUAUGAUAUCUCCGGGCGCACGUUUCUUUUCAAACUCGCCCUCCCCGAUAUAAAAAAGCAGCUUAUAAUAAAUGCCGGCUUCCACUGUCACAUUACGGAGUCAUCUCGCACAACCGCUGAUGCGCCCUCCCAUUUCGUCAGCCGGCUCCGAAAACUUCUCAAAACUAGAAGAAUCACCGGUGUCCGCCAGAUAGGAACAGACCGAAUCAUCGAGUUCGAGAUCAGUGACGGCCUUUUUCGACUAUACCUCGAGUUCUUUGCGGCGGGGAAUCUUAUUUUGACGGAUGCAAAGUAUGGCAUCGUUGCGCUUCUACGCCAUGUCGCCCCCGGCAGUGAUAUCGAGGAGGUCAAAGUUGGUAUGACGUAUAAAUUAGAGAGCAAGAUGAAUUACAACGGCAUACCUCCUCUUACCGUGGAAAGGCUUAAGUCGGCCCUUAGCAAGGACAACGGCUCAAAGGUGUUGAAGCGCAGUUUGUAUUUCGGAUUCCCAGAAUACCCUCCUACACUGCUUGAUCAUGCCUUCAACGUCGUUGGGUUCGAUUCAAAGCUUCAGCCGGCGCAGAUAUUGACAGAUAAUAAUUUGGUUCAGGGACUCAUGGGGGUUCUUCAAGAGGCUGAUCGAAUCAAUAAUACUUUGUCUUCGGACUGCCAACACCCUGGCUACAUCAUAGCGAAGAAUAUUGCGCCCUCAGCUUCAGAUGGUGGGGAUAGCACGCAGCAGGCACCUGUGACUGAAUUUAGGGAUUUCCACCCUUUUGAACCCAGUCAAACGAAAGACCUACCGAAUACAACCACUCUUCGCUUUGAAAGCUUCAACAGUGCUGUUGACAAAUAUUUCUCUUCAAUAGAGGCUCGAAAGUUGGAGUCUCGCUUGACGGAAAAAGAGGAUGCCGCACGGAAGAAAUUGGAAUCCACCAAGCGAGAGCAUGAAAAGAGAGUGAAUGCUUUAAAGGAAAAGCAAGAGUUUCACGUCCGAAAAGCGCGUGCUAUCGAGACGAAUUUGCUUCAAGUGGAGGAAGCAAUGACUGCCGUCAAUGGUCUAGUGGCACAGGGUAUGGACUGGGUCGAGAUUGCUAGGUUGAUUGAGAUGGAACAGGGGAAGCGCAACCCCGUUGCCCUAUCUAUAAAGUUGCCUCUUAAACUGUAUGAGAAUACGAUAACGGUUCUAUUAAACGAGGAGGUAGCUGAAGAGGAAGAAGAAGAGGAGUCGGAUGAAUCUGACGAGGAAGAAGACGAAGAUGAUGAUGAUGGAUAUGGUGAUGAUGAAUAUGAGAGGCCCAAGCAGAAGAAAAGGUUGGUAAACCCUCAAAGAGAAAAGAAGGAGAAGAAGGAUACUCGCCUAAGCAUUGACAUCGAUCUGGGGAUUUCUCCAUGGGCCAAUGCUCGACAAUAUUAUGACGAGAAGAAAAUAGCGGCGGUAAAGGAAGAGAAGACACUGAAGGCUUCUACGAAAGCUAUCAAAAGCACUGAGAGGAAAGUCAAAGCGGACCUUAAGAUGGCUUUGAAGCAGGAAAAGCCGGUCUUACGCCGGACCAGAAACCCGACGUGGUUUGAGAAGUUCUUCUUUUUCAUCUCCUCGGAUGGUUAUUUGGUUAUAGGAGGAAGAGACCAACAACAAGACGAAAUACUCUUCCAACGAUAUAUGAAGAAGGGCGAUAUAUACGUGCACACUGAUCUAGAGGGAGGCGUUCCUUUGAUUAUCAAGAAUAAACCCGAUACCCCUGACGACCCAAUCCCGCCCAACACAAUAUCACAGGCAAGUGCAUACACUGUUGCUUCGUCAAAGGCCUGGGAUACCAAGGCAGCCAUGGGAGGAUGGUGGGUUCAUGCCUCGCAAGUCUCGAAGAUGACUUCUACAGGCGAUAUUCUCAAGGCCGGCCAUUUCAUGAUCAAAGGGGAGAAAAACCACAUACCUCCUGGACAGAUUGUGCUCGGAUUUGCCGUAUUAUUUCAAAUUUCAAGCCAGAGUAUUCAGAACCACGCGAAAUCACUGCCAGCUACGUCAGAGGGCGAUGUGAAUAAUUACCAACCCAUCUCCAGUGCAGCCGAUACAGCACAAUCUGAUCGUGAUGAAAACGUUCCUUCAGAGCAAGAAGAUGCACACGAGCCAGGUUCAGAUGGCGAGAAAGAGGAACUAAAUGAUGACAAGGCUGUAUCGCUUGAAGAAAAGGUGGAAUUCAUAUAUUUUGAGGACGACUUGGAUCCAGACUCGGCGCAAGUUCAUGAAACAGAAAAGCAGGAGGCCUUGCAGCCUGAAGAACAGUCAGCACACGGUUCAUCUACUAUUGCGGAAGAACCCGAGGAUUCAAACGAGUCUGAAGAUGAAAGCCAGUUAACUACGCCGUCUGCAGUUCAGGAGUCACGGCCAUCAACCCCAUUAGUUAUCAGUUCAGCAGGGACACAGAAAUUUAGACCGCCCGUCCGUGGUAAGCGAGGAAAGGCAAAGAAGUUGGCUAUGAAAUACAAAGAUCAGGAUGAAGAAGAUAGAAAGCUUGCACUCCGCCUACUAGGAUCCGCUGCUGGAACUUCCACUCCCGCUAACAAACCGAAAACAAAGGCCGAUAUCGAAGCUGAACGUGAAGCACAAAAGGAGCGACGAAGGGCCCAGCAUGAACGCGCUUUGCAGGCUGUGAAACGCCAACAAGAGGCGUUUACACGAAACUCUGUCGAGGAUAGCACUGGAGAAGAGCAUAAGCUUGACUUCUCCAUACUCCCUGCUCUCGUUGGAACCCCGGUCGAAGGUGACGAGAUCGAAGCUGCCAUCCCCGUGUGCGCCCCUUGGACAGCUUUGGGACAGUACAAAUACCGUGCGAAACUGCAACCUGGAAAGAUAAAAAAGGGCAAAGCGGUUAAGGAUAUCCUUGGUAAAUGGAUUCACGAUGCAACUGCCUUGCAAGCGCGGUCUUCUGGGAAAAAACCAGGAGCAGCAAGUACGGGUGGCCCUGAUGAGACCAAGGAUACGUCCGAGGAAGCUGAUCAAAAAGCUGAAGAUACGAACGAGCUACUUUCUAUGGAACUAGAUUGCAUUAAAGCCUGGAGGGACGUUGAGGUCAUGAAUACUUUGCCUGUUGGUGGAUUCACUAUCGUUUCUGUAGCUGGUGCUGCAGGUUCAAGUGCGAGUGUUGGGCCUAAGAGUGUGGAAAGCAAAGGAAAAGGGAAAGGGAAGAAGGCUGCUAAAGGGGGUAAAAAGAAAUAG